UUUCGCUCAAUCGCGCUUCAACAAGUGGUUCCCUAGUUCCACUGGCAGCAGAACGAAAUCGGAUUUUAAUAGGGUUUUCCCGCCCCCCAGGUCGUUUGGGUGCUUGAAUAGUGAUCGCGAAGAACCGUUGUGAAGUGAGUUUGGAAACUUUUUCCCUAGUCCGUCGGGACACAGAACAGCUGCAGCAGCAGAAGAAACGGAAAACCCGUCGCGAGUUUAGUGGGUGCUCUCUUGUUGGUGUGACUGUGAACUGUAGAAAGUUUUCCAAGUGUCUCAUCGGGCGACAAAAAGGAAGGGCUCCUAGCAAUGCCAGCCAACACAACCUAAACCGAUAAAACACCCACGCAAAACGGAAAUCGAAAACUCAGCCCUGCAAUUGGAGACCGAGCACGGCAAUCACCGCAGAGCAGCAAAAGUGUCACAUUCCAGCUCCAGGGUGACCGGCAAUUGACGCGAAGCCAAACGAAAUCAAAAUGCCACCGAUAGUAAUUCUGUGCUUACAGCUAAUUAUAGGAACCGUGUGCGAUGCUUCCCCCUACAUUCUGCCCGCAGCCAACAGUCACGCAGCGUUGCUUUCUUCGUCCUCCUUGGUCGCAUCGUCACCUUCUGGACAUCGGACGUCGAAUAUCGGCACAUCAAAGCGUCAACCGACGACGUUAAUUGAAUCUGGGGAAGGUUUUGCUUAUCGGCAGCAUCAUCAACCUCCCGGGCAGAAGCAACACCAACCGCCGGACGACGGAUACUUCUAUGGGCAGCACCAUUUCCGACAGCCACAAGGACAUCCUCCGAGCCAUCGUCACUAUCAACCGUACCAUCACGGAUUCGGUUCGGAAGAUUUCAUGGCAGAAAUGCUACCAGAGUCGCAAGACUACGACCAGCAGCGAGCCGACGAGUUCGACUUGGCAUUCCCAGAAGUGCCACCGUCGUCGUCGGCGUCGGCCGAAAUGGAAAACGAAAUCGACGGUAGUCCUCUGUUUGCGGCAUUGGCGCCCGCUGCUGAAAGCAAAAAACCCUCCCCGCCAUCGUCGCCAUCGUCGUCGUCGUCGUCGUCAGCAUCUUCCCCAUCGACGAGCGGCAAUAAUAACAAUCACAACAACGGCGAGAGUUUCGAUCUGAUAAGGGAAAGCUUGGAGCGCAUCAAAGAGGAAGAAGACAUCGAUAUCAAAUCGGGACUGUUGAUGAGGCUUCUGGAGCAAAUGCCCGAGGGACCGUUACCGGUCGUGUAUAUUGAAGAUUCAACCGGAAAGGGAGCUGAGGAUGGGACCGACGGCGAUACUGGCAUCGUGGUGGAAGGAGAAGACCAAUUGACCGGCAAUGGCAAUAAGCGAUCCGGACGGUACUACCGGAGGUAUCCGUGGAAGAGACAAAACUCCAGGAGUCGGACAUACGACGCCGACGCACGCUACCUAUGCGUCCCCAGUCGGGACGACAUCUUCAAGCUGCUCGUUGGCCUGCACGAGAACCGCACCGGCAACCACCAACGGACGAUCAAUUUCUGCAACCGGAAGCGGCCGGCCAAGGCAAUUUUCACAAACAUCCGAUUCUUGGGAUAAGCCGCUCCUCGCUCGUUCCGCACCAAUUCCAACCAUCUUAUACUUACGCAGUGGAUUCUACCUGACGAAUAGCUCAUCCCCUCUCGAAAAUUGUAUCCAUCUUCAGCAUUUCGACCAGCACGCAUGGGGAGGAUGUAUCUACCGGACGGCAGGCGAUGAAAUCCAAAAGAAAAAAAAUGGCAAACAUUUACGGAAACAACCUUAACAACAAUGGCAGAAAAUAUUAGCACUGUAUAAACGAAUAAAUUUGCAAAUUGAACACAACCUGCAGCCCCGAAGCUCUAGAAGUACUUGUGUCGCGUAGAUUUUGUCUGUUCCUUCUCCGAAUGGUGAUGAGGCUGAACGAUUGGAAUUAUUGUUAUCGUCGAUGAAGAAAUAUUUUUUUUUCUUUUCUUCUGAGAAUAAAUACAUAAAAGGGCUCAAGAAAGAAGAAAAAGACCUAAGCGCAUACGGAAGACAACGUCAAAUAUCAAAUGAAAAUGAAAACGAUCACCAGUUUGGAAACUUGUAAUCCAUAGGUUAUAGUUUAUAAAUACUUGUAAAAAUGUACUUGACAAACAUUAACUAACAAUUACACAACAAACAAAAAAAUCAACCAAAACAAUUACAGUUUAUUGAAUAAAUAAGAUGUGGUAACUUAUGUGAGCAACUGAAGCCAAGCAGUAUUAUUAUAAACCGUUUUAACAGCCGUUUUAUCGAUUUAAGUGAUUUUUCUGGAAUAAAAGGAAAACUAUUCAAACUAUAAA